AACUUUUCAGUUUCUAUUUAGAGAUGGAGGAGUAUAGGCCUGGAUCUCUCCAGACUCCUGUUGUGUUUUCACUAGUGAUGCUUGUUGCAGCUGAGAUAUUAAGAUUUAAAAUAGUUCUGUGAUAACACUUGACCCUGACUAACUACUAACCAUCUGUAGCAUUAUUAUAACAGACCAUACAGAGAUAGAUCCAUCAAUUCAUCCGGUAUUACAGAAUUAAUUGCAUGUAGCCUUGGCUGGUUUAUAGUAUCUCAGUACAACUGUCGGGUUCCCUUUACAAGAGUUCAUAAGAUAGAAUAAGUAUAAAUACGAUUUUUUUGUGUUUCCAGGAUGUGGCUUAUUUUGUGGCUUUCUAUUUGUUAAUGAUUCAUCUUACAAACCAUUUCCAAAGGGAGUCAUAUUCAAACGAUAUAAUACGAUAUAAUACGAUAUAAUACAAUUUGAUACAAUGUGAUACUAUGGGAUUCAAUGUGGCACGAUAAACGUACAAUCUGAUACAAUAAGAUAUGAUACAAUGUGAUACGAUUAUCUAUAGUUCUAAAACUAAAAGAUUCAUAAAAAUGGUCUCGAUACUGAAUCUUUAUUAACUCAGCUACACAUUGGUAGUUGGUUUCUAGCCUAAUUUGGAACCGUACAGCAGCUGAAACAAUCAUAAUCUCAAAUUAAACCACAUUUAAAUCUGCUUUUGUGCCCUUUUUUUGGUGCCUUAUUUGUCUCCAUCAAAACCCAUAAUUAUUUCCUGGGAAAAAUCCUGGAUACAUCCAUUGAUCUGUAUCCGCACCAAACUUUAAAGGCCCAUACCACAUCCUUCCACCAAGUUUCGUGGUUAUCCAUCAGGUUGUUUUUGUGCUUUCUUGCUUAGAAACACACAAACGCACAGCAGGAAACAUAUGUAUAAAAUACCAUGUCUCGUGGCCAAGUAAAGGAGCUUAAACCUUCCUCUACAUCAACAGUAUCGGCAAAAAAAGAACCAGCUGAUUGUAAGGAUUGUCACAUGGGAAAUAAUGUAUGUACCACCAUACAUGGUCAUGUAGGGAACCCUGUUGCAACCAUUAAGUGUUUUCUAGGUGAAGUGUGGCAUUUUUGAAAGUGACACAUGAGAUGUCCUGCAGCAGUCAGACUCCUGAGCCUGCUCCCCAGAGUCACAAAGCCUCCAGGAAGUGAAACUGAUCCACACUGGCAUCAUUAGAGAAAUAUUCUGAGGGCUUUACUGUACGCUUGUACCCCUGGACGUAUCGUUUUUGUUUGUCUUGGCCCGCAGACGUGGACUGUGUUAUGCCUGUGCUAAGCCAAACAGACUUCGGAAUGGUGAAGUACGCCAAAGCACGCAAUGCAAAAUGUUUAAAGAAGAAAAAAAAAAAGGAACCUCAUAGAGGGUUGAAAAGAGAAGCGAUGGAAAGAAAGGCUUUCAGAUCGCACCAGGAGAAGCAAGCAGCUCUCUCUGCCUGAACAUUUAAAAGGCGUCUUUCUAUGUGGUCAGUAGAAAAGCCACUGGAUCAAGUAUUGAUCUUUAAAGAUACAAUAUGUAGCAAUUCUUUAUUUUAAAUGUCUAAAAUGACUAGACCUAUGUUAUAUAUAUAUUGUUGACAUCUGUACCUAAAUUAUCUAAAAAUGUUUCAACAAGGUUCAAAGAAGUUCAGAGAGUGCAGAGAAGUUCUACAUUUUGUUCAAGGAUGGCUGAACCUCGCUAUAAUAAUCCGUAUUUCUGGCCUCCACCCACUGCGAUGUCUGGCCAGCUGGAUAACCUAGUCUUGAUCAAUAAAAUCAAGGAGCAGCUGAUGGCCGAGAAGAUCAGACCGCCACAUCUUCCUGCUGCCUCAGCACCUUCCCAACAGCCCCAGCUGACUCCCUCCAGUCAGGUAGAAAGUGGCCAGCACGGGAUGUCCAAAGCCCAGCAGAUGCAAGUUCUCCAGAGCCACAGCUCAUCUCAGCCCGACAUCGCCCUGCACGCCCGUCCGACCUCCAGCUCAGUCACAGGUCGUAUUCUGGGGGACGUAAACUUGAAUCUGGACGAUAAGGCAGCUAUAAAAGCCAGAGGAUUAUGGGAAGACUGGCAUCUGCGCCAACUCAUUGAUCAUCCGUCCAGGACAAACCAUGUCUCAGGUGUCGCGCUGGCGUCCAGAACAGGCAACCUCAACACCUCAGAAAUCACCACCCCCACUACGCCCACUUCAAGCAGCCACAGUCGGCUGUGCGGAGCGCCGACCCCUCACCUCAUCUCAGGGUUGGCCAGUGGCCACAUGAUGGACCUUGGGAAAAACAACGGGGGACUUGUAGGACUCCUCGGGCCCCCUCCAAAAGAGGAGCGAGGCCGCAAGAGGAUCAAGGCAGAGAACGGGUCUUCGCUGUUGGUGGUGCCCUACCCGAUCCUCGCCUCGGGCAACGACCAAGCCUGUGUCACCAUCACUGCCAAAGAGGGAAAGACCUACAGGUGUAAAAUGUGUCCCCUGACUUUCUUCUCCAAGUCAGACAUGCAGAUUCACUCUAAGACACACACAGAGGCAAAGGCUCACAAGUGUCCUCACUGCACCAAGUCCUUUGCGAACGCGUCCUACCUGGCCCAGCACCUGCGCAUACACCUGGGUGUCAAACCUUACCGCUGUUCCUACUGUGAGAAAUGUUUCCGCCAGCUUUCCCACCUGCAGCAGCACACCAGGAUCCACACAGGGGACCGACCAUACAAAUGUGCCCAUGCCGGAUGUGAAAAAGCUUUUACUCAGCUCUCUAAUCUGCAGUCUCACCAGAGGCAGCACAACAAAGACAAACCCUUCAAAUGCUCCAACUGUUACCGUGCCUAUUCAGACUCUGCCUCGCUGCAGAUCCACAUGUCUGCACACGCCAUCAAAAAUGCCAAGGCUUACUGCUGCAGCAUGUGUGGCAGGGCAUACACCUCAGAGACGUAUCUCAUGAAGCACCUGGCUAAGCAUACAGUGGUGGAACAUGUGAUGUCCCAUCAUUCGCCUCACCACAGGACAGAGUCACCCAACCUCCCUAUACGGAUAUCCCUCAUCUGAUCUCCUCGCACAUCUCCUUCCUGAGAUAUGUCAGCAUUCCUCUGAUGGACUUGAACCCAUGACUGGGUUCUAAAAAUGUGCCAGAUUGUACUCAUAUCUUGUGAAGAGGUGCUCUUUCAAUGAGCGUGUCCUCCUUUCCUUUCUUGCUGACCAGAUAGUAUUAUUGGGGACAUCCAAAGAUGACUUCUCAGCACUUUCGGGCCUGAAAACGACAGGCCCAAAAUGUCUUUUUCUAUAUGAUAGUAAAGUGGUUUUGCUCUUGGCAGCUACAUGGAAAAUCUUUUUUAAACUUUCUGCGUUAUAACAGAUCACUUUGUCUUUUUUAUAUGGCCCUUUAUUUUCCUUACCCAAGUCUUAACAAAAAAAUUGCAUCAGAUAUAGUCUUCCGUUAGCCCGGUGACCAACUGAACAGAAAGAUGAAUGCUUAUACGAUGGAUUGGUUAUUGUGCCACUUGUCCACUUAUGUCAAUGUUUGCCAGACCUCACAAUCACGUGGCCAUAAUCAACACAUAAACGACAUGUUAACAUUUAUUUUCAGUAAUUUCCACACUGGUUUCAUCUUCACCAGGAUGUGCGACUCGUAAAUGAGAUGGAUGGGUCUUAUUAUUAGCUUGUAUAAUCGUCAGUGUUAGAAGAAAAUGCUAAAGAAAGACACAAGUAUUCAGUUUAAUAUGACGAGUUAAAAAUGAAAUAAAAUAUAAGCAUAUUUAUACAUUUUUCAUGUAAGACACCAAAAACGAAAUUAGAUCAAUAUUAUGUCAAAUUCUCGAUUAAAAAUCAGGCAAAACUCUUGCAUUUUUAACAAUUUAUUUCCCAACAAUGAAUGAUGCACUUACACUACUUCUGUUUACUUUGUAUUUAUUUGGAUAUGCAAAUAAAUAAAUGUGGUUUGAAGUUACCACCACUCUGCUGCUGCCUCAUGAAUAAGCAUCAAUAAUGAGGUACCUCUCUGGGGUCUUCAGCUAUAAUGUUUAAUGGAGGCAUCAACCCUGGUUGAAUAAUAUUGUUGUUGUUUUAUGAACAAACACGUUGCCAUUUUAUGCAUUUAAGCCUUAACUUUGUUACAACUCUAGGAUCCACUCAUUUGUUUUAUCAUUUUACAUUUGCCUUUUAUAUCAUAGCAUGAUAUACACUGUAAAUUAACUAUAUUAACUGUCAGCCCAUUUUAUAAUAAAUCAUUCCAAAAGAACAGGUAUUGGUGCAAGUCUUUCUUCAGUUUUCCUGGCUGCAUUCAAACAAAAAACCAACUUGAAGACAACAAGACCUUUUUGUUGUUUUCAUGUGUUUUGAAGUUGGAAUGUGGAGGGAAAAAAUGAAUGAUUUAAACAAGCGUUUUAACAACGCCUUUUGACACUUCUUUGUGAUAUCUAUGAUAAUGAAUAGCAAUUAAAAGGAAACAGGUGUAACAUGCAUGUAAAUGCAUAAUUCUAAAUGUCUGCAUAAUGUAUAUAAACUAGAGUUACUGCACUGCCGUUGUGUGCCUUCUGCCAACUAGUGCAGUUUCCAUGUAAAUAUUUCGUCAACCUUUUUUUCAACAGAUUCAUAAAAGGUCACUGUGACCU